CACCCCCCCUUUAAUGACUCUUCUCUCCCCUCCCCUCCCCCUUCUUCUCUUUUUCCAUACGCCCAUAAUUAUUUAAUAAUUAUUAAUAAUGAUGAUAAAAGAAGAAAGGUAUGGAAUUGGGUAAAUAGGGGAGGCAGCUUGGAGGGCAAUAAAUGUUCACCUGAAAAUUAAGGGGGGGUAUCUUUUGAGGGAAGUCAGCAUAGCUUUAGCUUUAAACAGUGAUGCCCAAUGAAGGGUUACUGUCCUAAUUGAAAACAGUGCUUCCUCCAUUAUCACCCUCCUCAACCCUCUCAAAGACUCAAUCCAAUAAUAUAUUAUAAAAUCAGAUUCUAACAAAAAAGAAAAAAAAAAUGGUGGACUGCCCACAUCACGCCCAUUCACAGUUGGUGGCUACAAUUAAUUAAACCCUAAUUCCUCUCAUAAGCCCUACUUAAAUUCAAGCUUUGGUUUGAUCAGAGACUUUAGUUAGGGUCAAGAAAAAAUAUCAAGGAAAAAGAGGGGGAAAAUGAAAGGAAAAAAAGAAAACUCAGGAAAAAGCAAUCAAAUUGUCAGGCCACAGAGGCAGCUUUAUCUCUGAUCGCUUUACCUCACAGUCACACCUCUCUCUCUCUCCCUUUCUUUCUUCCUCCCUCCCUUCAUGGUAAUGAUUCUAUAGCCCCUGGGCUCUCCAUCUCUCUCCCUCUAUUUAUAUUUGAAAAUUGUGGAAGCUUUCUCUUUCUCUCUCUCUCUCUCUCUCUCUCUCUCUCUCUCAUCUGGAUGCUGCUUGCUUCUUUCUCUUUCUCUGUGUAUGUAAAAUCUGUGUGUCUACAGAAGUGGUGCAGAAAGUUGUGUGUCUCAGAUCCCGAUAUACGGCCUCUCUUCUUACACCAAUAACGAGAAAACUGUCUGCUUUUUUAUCUUCUUUCUCUCUCCACCACCAUCACCACCCCCUCCCCCUACUAUAAGGGAGAGACACAACCCCUCCUCUUUUGUGGUCCUCAACCUCUCAACCCUACACCCCUCCCCCUCUCUUUUCCUUUCUUCCUCUAAUUGUUUUUUCCUUUUUCACUAGUUCUCAGCUUUCUCCACCCACCAGCAACACUUUACUUUGAUUCAAAAAUACAAGAACCAAUAUGCAGGAACCGGGUUUGGGAAUGAUGGGUGGUGGCGGAAUUGGUGGUUUGAGCGACGGUGAUCAGCAGCAGCGCCAGCUCAAGGGGGAGAUCGUCACACACCCACUAUAUGAGCAGCUACUUGCAGCUCAUGUAGCGUGUCUCCGUGUGGCCACGCCGAUCGAUCAGUUGCCGCUGAUCGACGCGCAGCUGACGCAGUCCCAUCACCUCCUCCGCUCCUACGCAUCGCAGCAGCACCACCACGGCAACUCCCUCUCACCCCAUGAGAGGCAAGAGCUCGACAACUUCUUGUCGCAAUAUUUAUUAGUUUUGUGUACUUUCAAAGAACAGCUUCAACAACAUGUCAGAGUCCAUGCUGUUGAAGCUGUCAUGGCCUGCCGUGAGAUAGAACAAACCUUACAAGCCCUCACUGGGGUGAGUCUGGGUGAGGGGAGUGGUGCAACCAUGUCUGACGAUGAGGAGGAGAUGCAGAUGGAUUUUUCAUUAGAUCAAGGAGGGGGUGACGGGCAUGACAUGAUGGGGUUUGGUCCACUGCUUCCAACUGAAUCUGAAAGGACUCUCAUGGAGAGAGUACGGCAAGAACUGAAGAUUGAACUCAAGCAGGGAUUCAAAUCAAGAAUCGAGGAUGUGAGAGAGGAAAUUCUCAGAAAAAGAAGGGCAGGGAAACUACCAGGAGACACAACCUCCGUGUUGAAAAACUGGUGGCAGCAACACUCAAAGUGGCCAUACCCAACUGAAGACGACAAGGCAAAACUAGUGGAGGAGACGGGGUUGCAGCUAAAGCAAAUCAACAAUUGGUUCAUCAACCAAAGGAAGCGCAAUUGGCACAGUAAUUCUCAGUCGGUGACCGCCUUAAAGUCGAAGCGCAAGAGGUAGAGAGAUCAGCAUCAUCAUCGUCAUCAUCAUCUAAUUUCAUACUAAAAACGGCAAGAUGAAGAACAUACUUGUGUGUCAAUAUAGCAGCUGCUUAUGUAACCUCCUGGGCAUGCAGAUAACUCUCUAGACCAAAAACA